AUGGAACAAACAGGAAAGACCCCCAACUCCAAGCCAAGCUAUCAACACGAGAAAGCCGCAUAUGAGAUACGAGAUACCAUGACGAUCAGAUCUAAUAAAUCAUCCCAAAGUAACCUCGUACCUGAAGCUUUUCCAAGAAUUUUUGCAUACCAGGUUCGCAGCAAGAAAUACACCAUAGUGUCCCAUCAAUUCAUUAAUUCCCAACCCAAAUCCGCUCACCAGCCCUCGGCAAUGAAGAUCCAAGAAAAUAGUAAAUACUAAUACAAAUCCGAAUUACCAUUCCCGGAUCUUGGUAAUGUAUAUCCAGGUAAUUCACAACACCAUCCACAAUUGCAAAUAAUUCCACAUUUCCAAAAUUCUAAACAUAGAAACCCCAUUCCCAAGCUACCUUAUUAGCUAA